AUGUCUGCCGUGAAUCCAGAGUAUGUUGCCUUGGGUGAAGUUGGUGACAUCUCGCAAAUGGUCAUGGGAGCCGGAGACGACGCGGCGGCGCGAGAGAUCGCCACAAAGCUUCAGGAAGCCUUGGCAGCUCUGGAACCGGAGGACCAUGGAGCCCUCCUGAAUCGUCAUGCAAUUCCUCAUUUGAAACAGAAGUUACCCAGCCUGGAUGAUGAUGCAGAAGAUGAAGCUUACUUCCGGCCAAGGAUGGAGUGGUCUGGAGCUACCAACAACCAGGGCAACAAGGGGCGGCCAUCUACACGAAAAGCUGCCGUCACGGUGAACAGCCACAUGGACCUGGGGGAGGACAUCGGGGAGAUCGGAACGAAUCGAAGGUCUACAAGCAGCCUCUAUGGCCCAAUGCACAGUUGGCUGCCCAG